CUUCUCGUGUUCGCCUCUGUUCGUGUAUGUCCCUCUUUACUCGCCGUAGUUAGCUUUGUAUAACUUUCCCCAUGUGUUUACCGGUGCGGGAAUCUACACAGGAACGUUUACAGAUAUGGCAACAGAAGCAAAACGACUCAAGGUGGAUGAUUCCUCAAAGACCCGCCGACUGGAGAGGUUUCUUCAGUGGUGUGACGACGUUGGUCUGGUACUCAGUAAUAAGGUGUAUGUGAGUGCAGAGGGAACCGUGUCAGAGUACGGGAUGUUGGCUAAAGAUGACAUAGAGGAAGGGGAAGUUUUAUUCACCAUCCCCAGGUCAGCUCUCCUCCACCAGGGGACGACCAAGGUUGCUGCCUUGCUGGAGAAAGAGAAGUCAGCUCUGCAGAACUCCUCAGGCUGGGUUCCUCUGCUGUUGGCUCUGCUUUAUGAGUACACUUCCUCAGAGUCCCACUGGGGGGCGUAUCUGUCUCUGUGGACAGAUUUUAAGACAUUGGAUCAUCCCAUAUUCUGGUCCAAGAAGGAGAGAGAGCGCCUCCUACAGGGCACAGGUGUUCCAGAGGCUGUGGACAGAGAUGAGAGCAACAUUCAUAAGGAGUACACGACUGUGGUCCUGCCGUUCAUGACUCGGCAUCCAGACUUAUGGAACCCUAGUGUUCACACCCUGGAGCUGUACACUCAGCUGGUGGCCUUCAUCAUGGCCUACAGUUUCCAGGAGCCGCAGAGCGAGGAUGAGACGGAUGAUGAAGACGAGGAUGAAGAGGAGCUUCCCAGUCCACCAGUGAUGGUUCCAAUGGCAGACAUGCUGAACCACAUAUCCAAUCACAAUGCUAAUCUGGAAUUCAUGCAGGACUGUUUGAAGAUGGUUUGUGUGCGGCCUGUUCAGAAAGGUCAGGAGGUUUUCAACACCUACGGUCAAAUGGCAAACUGGCAGCUGCUCCACAUGUACGGCUUCACGGAACCAUAUCCCAGCAACAGCAACGACACCGCUGACAUUCCUGCGGCCAACCUCUACACAGUCUGCACCCAAGGUAUUCAGUCUGAUUCAGAUCGCCAGCUGGUGGAGGAGCAGUGGGAAAUGGUGUGUCAGUUAAAUGACCACAAAGAAACUUUUGUCUUUGGCCAGCAGGGGUGCCUUACUGACACAGAGCUUCACACCACACUGAAGGUUCUGUGUUUGUCACAGCAGGAGUUUUCAGAGUUCAAAGAAAAUGAAGGGUGGGAGGAGGAAGAUGAGGAGGAGGAUGAUGAAAACAUUACCCACCUUUUCUCCGACGAGGGUCUCCCAGAGUUGAAGCCUCCAUGGAAGAGGCUGCUGCAUCAAACGGCCCGUUUGACUCUCAGGUCCUACGCUAACGGAGUGGAGGAUGUGGAGCAGGUCCUGCUCAGUGACCGGCUGCUGAUAGAGGACGAAGCAGCGUUUGCUAAGCUGAGCAGCAGGGAACAGAAAGCCCUGCAUGUCAGAUACGGACAGAAAAAGAUCCUGUACAAAGUCCUGGAGCUCACAGCAACAUGAGCCACGUCUGACACACCAUGAUGUGAUAAAAAUGUUU